AUGUUGCAAUCAAAUGUUGCAACAUGGUGGUAUGUCCCAAAAUUUUCGACGGACAAGCCGUGCGCCUCCACGACUUCUUACACAUUCGCAAAUAUUCCGUCAAGAAAUGCAAGAAUUUCAUUUCCAUCAUCCAUUUGUGGUCGUGGUCGUGGUUGUGUCAGUGCUAAUGGUUCGUCCCAACAAUGCCCCACGACGUCCCCCUCGGGGUCGGGAGUUGUUGAGGCCAAUUUGAACGACGGGGCCGAGGCGGGAACCGGAGUUUUCGAAGAGAUGGUUGAUGAAGAUGGUGUGUUCAAAUACUAUGGUGCUGGAGAGUGGAAGAAGUCCUCAUCAAGAAAGGUUGUUUCAAUCAUCAAUCCUACAACAGGAAAGCCUCACUAUAAGGUUCAAGCUUGUACAAAAGAAGAGGUCGAUGUAGUAAUGACCAUGGCGAAAUCCGCCCAAAAGUCAUGGGCACAAACACCGCUUUGGAAACGAGCAGAGCUUCUUCACAAAGCCGCGGCCAUCCUCAAAGAGCAUAAAGCCCCGAUCGCAAAGGCUUUGAUAAAGGAGAUUGCCAAACCGGCAAAAGAUGCCGUCACUGAGGUUGUGAGAUCUGGGGAUUUGAUCUCUUAUUGCGCGGAGGAAGGAGUCCGAGUCUUGGGACAAGGUUCAUUUCUUGUAUCCGAUAGCUUUCCCGGAAAUGAAAGAACCAAAUAUUGUAUAACAUCUAAGAUCCCUUUAGGUGUUGUUCUAGCAAUUCCACCUUUUAAUUACCCGGUAAAUCUCGCGGUCUCUAAAGUUGCACCGGCUCUCAUUGCCGGGAAUGCCCUCAUCAUCAAGCCUCCGACGCAGGGUGCCGUGGCGUGCCUUCAUAUGGUGCAUUGCCUUCACUUGGCGGGGUUUCCCGAGGGACUUAUUAGUUGUAUCACGGGGAAAGGCGCCGAAAUCGGGGAUUUUCUUACAAUGCACCCCGGAGUGAAUUGCAUAAGUUUUACGGGUGGCAACACUGGCAUCAAGAUUUCAAAGAGAGCCGGAAUGAUUCCCCUACAAAUGGAGCUCGGAGGGAAAGACGCUUGUAUUGUUCUUGAGGAUGCCGAUAUCGACUUGGUAGCCACAAACAUAUUGAAAGGGGGAUUUUCUUAUAGUGGUCAAAGGUGCACCGCGGUGAAGGUUGUAUUGGUGAUGGAAUCCGUGGCCGAUGCUUUAGUCGAAAAAGUGAAUUCAAAAGUGGCGGAAUUGAGCGUGGGGCGCCCCGAGGAUGACUGCGACAUCACACCGGUGGUGUCAGCCGCUUCGGCAAACUUGAUCGAAAGCUUAGUGAUGGAUGCCAAGGAAAAGGGAGCAACACUUUGCCAAGAGUACAAGAGGGAGGGAAACCUCAUUUGGCCGUUGCUAUUAGAUCACGUUCGCCCCGACAUGAAGAUAGCGUGGGAAGAACCGUUCGGGCCUAUUCUACCCGUAAUUAGGAUUAGCUCCGUCCAAGAAGGAAUCCAUUAUUGCAACGCGAGCAAUUUUGGCCUCCAGGGGUGUGUCUUUACUAAGGACAUUGACAAGGCGAUGCUAAUCAGCGACGCCAUGGAGACGGGGACAGUGCAGAUCAACUCGGCCCCGGCUCGGGGACCCGACCAUUUCCCUUUCCAGGGAAUAAAAGAGAGUGGAAUAGGAUCACAAGGAGUGACUAACAGCAUCAACAUGAUGACCAAAAUCAAGACCACUGUAAUAAAUUUGCCUAUUCCUUCUUACACCAUGGGAUAG